UUACCCGAGCUAAAAACUGUAGUUUUUCCUGGCGUCACGUUUGUGUACCACUUUAACAGGUGGUAUAGGGACUGUUACCAGACAGGCAGGGAAUUCACUGAAGAGCUUUGAGAUAGGUCGGUGACUGAGGGGGCUUCCUGAAAUAUGAACAUUUUCAGGCUAACCGGCGACCUGUCCCACCUAGCAGCCAUCAUCAUUCUGUUGCUAAAAAUAUGGAAGACCAGGUCCUGUGCCGGUAUUUCUGGGAAGAGUCAGGUCCUGUUUGCCUUAGUGUUCACCACUCGCUACUUGGACCUGCUCACGUCCUUCAUUUCCCUGUACAACACCACCAUGAAGGUUAUCUACAUUGGAUGUGCGUAUGCCACUGUCUACCUGAUCUACAUGAAGUUCAAGGCGACCUAUGAUGGGAACCAUGACACGUUCAGAGUGGAGUUCCUGGUGGUCCCUGUAGGCGGACUGGCUUUCUUGGUCAAUCAUGACUUCUCUCCUCUGGAGAUCCUUUGGACAUUUUCCAUCUACUUGGAGUCGGUGGCCAUCCUCCCUCAGCUCUUCAUGAUCAGCAAAACAGGAGAGGCUGAGACCAUCACCACCCACUACCUGUUCUUUCUAGGGCUCUACAGGGCCCUCUACCUCAUCAACUGGAUAUGGAGGUUUUACUUUGAAGGAUUCUUUGAUAUGAUUGCCAUUGUGGCAGGAGUGGUGCAGACCAUCCUAUACUGCGAUUUCUUCUAUUUGUAUGUAACAAAAGUUCUCAAAGGAAAGAAGCUGAGUCUGCCAGCCUAAGUGCCAAAGAGGAGCGUUUCAGCAGAUUCAGAGCAAGGGAUCGGAGGGGAGGAGAAACGGCAGUGGACAUCUUUGGAAAAUAUCUGAAAAGUAAAAAUGAGUCAUUAAGCUGAAAUCAUGUCUCUCUCUCCUCCACCACUGCCUUCUCCUCCUCUCCUCCAACCAACGUAAGAUGCCUGAGACAGAGAGCAACUUUGGAGCUGCUGACAGCACCUCGGUUCAAUUCAGAAUCGGUGGACUCGGACCGCCUAGAGAUGCUGCUCCAUGGCUUUUGGAUUUCUGUUUGAUGCAUCUUGCCUUAACUUUUUUAUUUCUUUGUUUAAAAGAAGAAAAACAGUACAGGUUUUCUAUAUAAAAUGAGGGUAAUUGGCAAGUAAGAGGUGAAGAUGUAAAAUUGCUCCAGAUUUGGUAGUGUAUAAUAUUAAAGUGAACUUCUUUGGCCGGGAUAAUGUUGAGAGUUUGUUAUAUUUACGAUCAAAACAAAUGUUUUUCAUAAAACACUUUGGGAGAUUUGUUGAAUCCUUUUAAAUAUGAUGGACAAAUUGUUCAAGUUUGCCCCCUUUUUUUGACAGUUUUACAUUCCCACUUGUAAAGUUUCUUCUGGAGUAUAAAUGCAGUACAUCUAACCUUCUCUGCCCAAAAUAAAACAAGGAAGUUAUAUUUGUUCAAAUGCCAUCAGAGCUGAUUUCUGUAUUGUCAGUGUAUUUUAACUGUUCAUAUUUAAAGGCUUAUUAAAGUAAACACAAAGAUAUAAAACAAAGCCAGUGAAGUCAUAUCUGUAAAGGACUUUUUACAUCACAAGUACACCGUGUCACUUGUAAUUACAGAUUAUUGCCAAGCAUGUUCAUUUCAGAAAUUGUUUUUUUUUUUACACAUUUAAAAUGCUUAAACUCAAGCUUAUGUGCUGUAUGCGAAGCCUCACCACAGAGAGUUCAACUUUUAGAUGCAGUGUAUUUAUUUUUUUUUUCUUGCUGAUUCCAAUAAACUGAUGGGAGAAUUG